AUGAAAACUAUUCCUUCCAAGGAAUUCUUAUCAUGCGAAAAAACAAAUGAGCAACGCCAGCCAGCGAAACUGAACAACAACAAACUAUCAAACAGCAUGGCCACCAGUUCAAGAUUUAGCAGUGUUAUACAGUUGACAGACUUGGAUGACUUCAUAACUCCUUCACAAGAGUGCAUCAAGCCAGCUAAAACACAAAAUGCUAGACAAGUUACAUCUUCAGGAAGUGCCAAAAUCCAAAUUGGGGAUGAUGGCUCUUACUCGCAACUGAACAAGGAGGGAAGACCUGAAAAAUUACAAAAAGCACAAAUAACACUUAACGACUGUUUGGCCUGCAGUGGUUGUAUAACAUCGGCUGAGAGUGUUUUGAUUGGCCAACAAAACCAUAUGGAGUUCCUGAAGCUAUGUAAAGACAUUGAGCUAUCAUCACCCAGCAGAUCCUUUGAUAAAAUUGUAGUGGGACUCUCAUGCCAACCUAUUCUUUCAUUUGCAAACAAGUUUCAGAUACCUCCUGAAGAAGCAAGAGCCAAACUUUCAACUCUUUUUAGGCAACUGGGCGCCGCAAAAGUAUUUGAUGUGGAAUCAUUUUCAGACCUGUGUUUACUUGAGUGUGGACAGGACUUUGUCCAUCGAUACAGAGAACAAUCAACCAAUUCAACUUCGAUUCCUGUACUUGCAUCUGCUUGCCCUGGCUGGAUAUGCUACGCCGAGAAAACUCAUGGAAAUUGGAUUUUGCCACAUCUUAGCGAGGUCAAGUCUCCACAGCAAAUAGCGGGCGUCCUUAUCAAAGAUGUACUGCCCAACGAACUUCAAACGAGUGCUUCUCGUCUGGCUGUCGUCAUGAUUAUGCCAUGCUUCGAUAAAAAACUGGAGGCUUCGAGAAGUGACUUCUUUCGCGACGACCAACAAAGCAAAGAUGUCGACUUUGUUAUAACUCCCGUAGAAAUCGAGCAGAUACUGGAAGAAUUAGCUAUAGAAUUCGUUGACUUAAGUCCAUCUCAAAUUGAUUCUCUGGGUGGUACAACGGAUACAUCAUGGAGCGUACCGUCUGGAUCUGGUUCAGGAGGUUAUGCCGAACAUGUUCUACGUUUUGCUGCCAAGGAGCUUUACGGCAUGACACUGGGACAUGUUAAGUUUCAGCCACUAAAAAAUUCGGACAUCCGAGAAGCUUUCGUUGAAAAAGAUGGAGAGCACGUUUUAAGUGUGGCUAUUGUCAACGGAUUCCGAAAUAUUCAAAACCUUGUACAAAAAAUGAAGCGAAAGAAACGUACAUAUGAUUAUGUCGAAAUUAUGGCCUGUCCAUCCGGUUGUUUAAAUGGCGGAGCACAAUUGCGGACAGAAUUGAUGGAAACGAAGACACUCACAGCUAACAUGGAGGCUCUUCAUGCUAAGCUUGAGCACCGACAAGUCGAUGACGUUAGAGUAAAUAAAUUAAAUCAUGUCUGGCUUGGUAAGGCGUCACCUGAGGAACACCUGAAUAAGUUGAGAACCAGCUAUCACGCUGUACAAAAGUCAACAAAUGCCUUAACUGUGAAGUGGUAACAAACAAAUUGUUAGUGUGUCUGUUUAAUUUUUUGAAGUGAUCAAGUAACUGACAGACAAUCCUAUUCACAACAAAUAGUGUUGGCGUUUAAACAGCGUUUUGAAAAUCUAUAUUACAUUGUUGUAUUCGCGUAAUAUAGGGGCAGAGUCUAGGUA